AUGGACUGUGAUCCGUCCCGUCUAGUGAAGUUCGUGCAGCGGCUUUCCCUGGAGGACAUGCUAGAGACUGAAAUGAACUCCAACUCCCGAUCAGCCGGGGCCUUCGACUUGAGUAAUAUAGGCCUCUGUGAUCCGCACAUGGCAGAACUGCAAAAAGAAGUUGGCGCAAUGCAGAAACGGGGGAAGGAACACCGACACAUGGGAAAUAGCACCUCCAGUCGAGUCUCAAAGAAGAAGGAUAUGGAACUGCGGGAGCUUUUCGCGGCGCAACAGAGACUUAUGGAGAUGCUCAUCACUACCCAUACUCUAAAGCUUAUCGAAAAGAGCCGCGAUGCCGCGAGUAUAAAGAAAUGGACUACGUUUGCAAAUCUUGACAAUGAGUUCGUGAAAGCCACCUUCAAUGACGAGGAGGAAAGCGACACGGUGGGAAAACAAAAUAGUAACGAGAAAAAAAGCUCCCAUCGCAACAAGAAGAAGGAACAGGCAGCUGAUAUGAAAAAUAGCAGCAGCAGUGACAGCUCAGGCGGUUCUGGUGCCUCUUGCAGUAGGCCGCUUUGUGUGCCGGUGUACUCUGAGUUCAUCGGCACUCAUUGUUCUCGCGGCGACACGUGCCCUUUCUUCACGGAAGGGAUGUGCCUGCCGAACAAGUUCGACGAUCCGCUGAAGCAGCGCGACAACCACCUCUUCACGAUCCCAUCCACCGCCGUCUCGCGCAAGGCGCUCUGGUGGACUCAGGGCCUCCGCACCGCACGUGAUGUGCUCUACGAGUAUAAAAGGGGGACGGUGAAGUUGACAGCGCCGCAGUUACGCCACGUGAAGGCGGUUGCAGCGGGUAUGCUGUGCGUAAACCCGAAGGAAAUUGAGGAGUUCUUCGCUCGCAUCCGAUACCCUGCCUUUCUUAUUGACUUUGAGGCGACUCAGUUCGCUCUGCCGCCGUUUGAGAAGGUUGUUGCGUAUCAGCCAACCCCGUUUCAGUUUUCCCUUGACGUGUUCCAGCACGACAUCCUCAAUGAGACGCCGAAGCACUACGACUUUCUGCACUUCGGCAAGGGAUACUCGCCCAACGUCGACCCACGACGUGGCUGCGUUGAGGAGUUGAUGCGCGUUGUACGUCUCGAACGCGAGAAGAAGCGGCAGGAGAUGGAGACAUCUGGGGAGCUUGAGAGAAUGGUGAAGCAGAAACAGCAGCAGGAAGAGGAGGAAGAGGCUGCAAAGGGGAAGAAACGACGCGGACGUGCGCCGGCGAAGCCCAAGAAGCCUCUUAUUACAAAGGGCAACCCAUUGGUUGAACCUGUCCACCCGUACGACGGCUGCUUUAUCGCGCACUUCGCCAGCUUUGAGAAGUCGUGCCUUGAGAAGCUGGGGCAGCUGGUGGACGAGUACAAGGACGACAUCAAGCAGUUCUACUUUCUGGACACGCUAGAUUUGUUCAAGCGGGGUCUCGUCCAUCCCAACGCACAUGGCUCGAACUCACUAAAGAAGGUCCUCCCAGCACUCUGUCCGGACUUUCAGUAUGGCGUUUUUGGCGAAGAAAUUGGCGGCGACGACACCAGUGACGCGGACACCGACGGUGGCGGUGGCGGCGGCGGCGGAAGCGGACGCCAGGACGAGCAGAAGGGUGAAAACGCAAUGGGUGUGUACCGCUUGUGGUAUCACCACGAGGGUGGUGGCUCGCUAAAGGACUUGCAUCAGAUUGCCGCGAGAGACCGUCAACAACAACGCCGUGGUGAGACUGAGCAGGAGGUGGAGGCGUCUGUGCCGCCGGCCCGGCCGGACGUGCGCGACAAGGCCUGGGCAAUGCUGCGGAUUCAACUUCUCGAGUACUGCUCACUGGACACAAAGGCUUUGUACGAGAUUAUGCGGCAGGUGUGGCGUGAAAAGGAGGCCGCAAAGGGGAUGAAGCCUGAUAAAGGCGGCUGGGUGAUGACGAGCCCGCUCCCACGAGAGUACAACUUGUGA